UGUUGCAUCGACCCCGUUGGGUUCAACACGCGACGCAAACACCCUGAUUUUAAUUUUUACAAAGCCUCUUCCUCCUCCUCCUCCUCCUCAGCUGAAACAUGCGUGAGUGUAUCUCCAUCCACGUCGGUCAGGCUGGUGUCCAGAUUGGCAAUGCCUGCUGGGAGCUCUACUGCCUGGAACAUGGGAUCCAGCCGGAUGGACAGAUGCCUAGUGACAAGACUCUCGGAGGAGGAGAUGAUUCCUUCAAUACGUUCUUCAGUGAGACUGGAGCAGGGAAGCACGUCCCCAGAGCUGUUUUUGUGGACCUGGAGCCCACUGUGAUUGAUGAGGUGCGCACUGGGACCUACCGCCAGCUGUUCCACCCUGAGCAGCUGAUCACUGGUAAGGAGGAUGCUGCCAACAACUACGCCCGUGGACACUACACCAUUGGUAAAGAGAUCAUUGACCUGGUUCUGGACAGGAUCCGCAAACUGGCCAGAUCGUGUCCUCCAUCACUGCUUCUCUGCGUUUCGAUGGUGCCCUGAAUGUUGAUCUGACAGAGUUCCAGACCAACUUGGUGCCAUAUCCCCGUAUCCACUUCCCUCUGGCCACCUAUGCUCCUGUCAUCUCAGCUGAGAAGGCGUACCACGAGCAGCUCUCAGUGUCUGAGAUCACAAACGCCUGCUUUGAGCCGGCCAAUCAGAUGGUGAAAUGUGACCCUCGUCACGGUAAGUACAUGGCCUGCUGCCUCCUGUUCCGUGGAGAUGUGGUGCCCAAAGAUGUGAACGCUGCCAUCGCCACCAUCAAAACCAAGCGCACCAUUCAGUUUGUGGACUGGUGUCCCACUGGUUUCAAGGUUGGCAUCAACUACCAGCCACCCACUGUGGUCCCUGGUGGAGACCUGGCCAAGGUCCAGAGGGCUGUGUGCAUGUUGAGCAACACCACGGCCAUCGCAGAGGCCUGGGCUCGACUCGACCACAAGUUUGAUCUGAUGUACGCCAAGAGGGCCUUUGUCCACUGGUAUGUAGGAGAGGGAAUGGAGGAGGGAGAGUUCUCUGAGGCCAGGGAGGACAUGGCAGCUCUGGAGAAGGAUUAUGAGGAGGUCGGCGUCGACUCCGUUGAGGGUGAGGGAGAGGAGGAAGGAGAAGAGUACUAAAAAGAAGUCUAAAUUGUUUUUCAGUGCAUUCCAGAUGUUUGUCAAUCAGCUGGAGAACCACUUUGGCUGAUUUAAACUGCUGAAAAUGUCAAGUUUGACUGUUCUGAAUAAAAUCUUUCUGACCUGAA